AUGAUAUCAGAAGUUGUGAAUGCCUUGUUGCUCACCUACUUUGGGACAGAGUAUCUCUUGGCAGAGGCUGGCAACCUUCCCAAACGUAAAACCCAAGCGUUUUUCUACUUGGUCGCGUCGGUGAUCUUUGUCAACAUCUUUGAUCGAGUUACUGGAGCCGCCGAGGUCAUCAACAGUUUGCUACAAGGAUUCUUGCAUCUUCCUAAAGUCUUGUUUGCAGCUUUUGCUUAUGUGGUGGCUCUUUACUUUGAUUGCAAAAAACUCCAAGCCGCAUUGACCGUCAAGACAUUCCUUCCCUUGGUGGGCAAGGCGUUCCUUCGCGUCCUUCCAGCGUAUCCGUUUCUUGCCGUGGUCAUAUCGUUUGGGUUCAUGAUUGUCAUCAACAUUUUUGAAGCGCUGCAUAUUCCAUUGGAAUAUCUUAAUUGGCCAAUUUACUAUGGCACUCUGUAUGGGCCGUUCUCAUUUGUCUAUUGGAAAGUCAAAGAAAGAGUGGUGGAUGACAGUUAUCAUACGCUGCCAACGAAAACUCCUUGGUAA